CAAUGGGCCCCUAGUUGUUGUCAAAAUGGAAGCCUUGAUGAAAUCGUGGACCCGUAUCUGGCAGGCCAGAUUGCGCCGGUGGCCUUGCAGAAGUUCGGUGAGAUCGCGGAGAAUUGUCUUCAUGAACGUGGAAAUGAACGUCCGACAAUGAGGGAUAUCGUGCGGGCAUUGGAGUACACAUUGCAGCUUCAGGAAACCGAAGAAGAAAACAUGAAUGAUAGUGACGCUAUUAUCACCGAUGAAGGUUCAAGUGAAAAUACGGUAAAAUCCCAAUACAUAUCAGUCGACAGUUAAUAGUUAAUUAAGAAAUUUAAAAACAGUAUUUCAUAAUAGUUACUAGGGUAAUUUUUACUCAAUUAAUAGUAGAUUAAGAAAUACCUAUUAGUAGAUGAUUUGUUAAAUUUAGCCGAAUGUGUGAUUGGUUGUGUAAGUGAUAGUGCAUAAAACUAUUGCUUGUUG